GAAAUUAUCGUUUUAAGAUUAGCGGUAAAUCAUGCCGGUACGAUACGGAAAUGCUACGACAAAUGGACCAGCGGCAGCUGACUCCUAUCAUCUUGGAAAUUUGGUAUUGGAUUUCUUCAACCAACCAGGUGAUUUCGUUUGGCAGAUCGACGCAGGCACUGGCGAAGUUGAGAACAAAUCUUCGGUGAAAAGCGUUCCAUACAACUGGCGAGAUGUUUAAAAAAUGCCGGUUACAAGCCGGGAGAUGUGGUCGCUGUGUCGGGUAUCAACCACCUUGACAUUCACAUCCCCUUCUACGCUUCGUACUUUAAUGGACAUCCAAUUAUGGGAAUCGACCCAUCUUAUAGAUACGAUGAAGUAAAGAGGCUUUUCGACAUAUCGCAACCAAAAGUUGCGUUCCUCGAAUCGGGACUCGUAGAAGAGUAUGAGAAGGUCAUCAAGGACCUCGGACUGGACACAAGGAUUAUCACAUUCGGCGAUGGCGACAGAUCUUUGGCCAAAUUUAUAAGGACGUUCGAUGAUGGUACUCCUGACAGCGAAUUCAGACCGGCCACCUUUGACACAAGCAAGGUAUUCGCAUGGCUGGUCUUAACCAGCGGCACCACGGGACUCCCUAAGGUCGCAGCCUUCAAGCAUUCUGACAUCCUCACCGUGGUCAAAAUCAACUCGGUCAUGAAAGACAAAGAAAUAGCACCAUUUAUGCUCCUGCCAAGUGUACAGUGGGUGUCAUCAUACUUAGCGACGUUGUGCAUGAUAAGUGUCAACCAAAUCAAGCUGCAGUCUUCGACGCCCGUCACAGUGGAUCAUAUCAUCGAUAUCAUUAACAAAUAUAAGCCCGUUGCCGCCAUAUCAACCCCGCUACUGAUCAGUGGCAUCUUGAAACACGAGAAAUAUUGCGACUUGACUUGCUUCAAGACGCUCAUCGUCACAGCAUUCGCGAUUAAUCCAACUGUUCUAAACCAAUUGAAGGCAAAAAUGCGACCUGGCGGCCAAGUGUGGAACCUGCUGGGACAGACAGAGUGCUUGGGUGCCAUCUUGCUCCCGGCUCCGAACGGACCUCAAGGCACUUGUGGGACCCAGCUGUCAGUCAGACCUGUAAAAUUGGUAGAUACAACGACUGGUCAAGAUAUCACGGAACCAAACAAAGUAGGAGAGCUGUUGACAAAGGGCCCAAUGUUAACGGAAUAUUACAAGAAUCCAGAGGCAACUGAGGCUGCGUUCACAGACGGCUGGUUGAGGACUGGCGAUCUGCUGUACAGAGACGAAAACGGAUACUACUUCUUCGUGGAAAGGAUAUCCAGCUCAUUCAGAUAUCAGAACUAUUUUAUCACCCCCAUGGAGUUAGAGCAUGUGAUCCAAGAGCACCCGGAUGUUCUGGAUGUGUGUGUGGUGGGUGUGCCGCAUCCGGAGGACAACAAACACGCUAUCGGAUGCGUUAUGCGACGGCCCGGAUCCACUCUCACAGAACAGAAUAUCAAGGACCUUAUUUCAAGUAAACUGUCCUCCUACAAACAAGUGAGCAGCGUCAUCUUCGUUGACAACUUCCCAAGAACCAUCUCCGGCAAAAUCGCCAGAGGCAAGGUCUUAGAAUACGUAUUGGAGGUCCAGAAACUUGGAUCUUCUGAAUGGCCUAGCUCUGGCAACACGAGAAAACUGAUCAGCGCUUUCCAGCAGCUUAGCACUACGGGCAACACCAGAUAUUUGUCGAGAGGGCGACACUGAUGGAUUAAGAAAGGGUAGAAAAUUAGAUCAAAAGAGAAAACCAACAGUGCUCUAAAGGCACAGUAUUUAAAUAAAGAGUACUAUCGUACAGUAUGGCCACUCCCGCUCCCCGCUCGAUUAUUAUCUUUAUCUCACAGUUACUGCCUGUCAAAAACGCCAGUCGACCUGUCAUAUCUCACUCAUACAAGAAUGGUACGCGUUCACCUACACGAGCUUAGAAUGUGUGCUAGGAACGCGCUUCUUUCAUAUAUUUGAUCGCCAGUGUCCGAGGUGUGCUAAACGGUUACUUAUCGAACCAUAAAUUGCAAAUGUUUCCUAGAUAUUUAGACUAUAUAAUAACUAACGUACCUAUUCUAAAAUGUUAGAUUGGUACAGGAUCAGUUCGUGGCGUUAGUAUCAAUAGCUGCUGCCUCAUACAAUUGUUAAUUAUAGGCUGAUAAGCGUCACAAGAUAUCUGGGCAUUUUUUGACUAUGCGCGAAAAAUAAAAUUAAAUGGCAGGUGAAAUAUAGUAGAUUAUACACCAAGGGAAUAAAACACUGUUUUAUGUCACGGGCGCGAUAUUGAAUCCUGAACGUAACGAAGGACUCCCAGUUUUAGUUAUAGAAUUGUCCUGAGUGCAGUGAGGGAUUCAAGCGCCCAAGACAAAAACAGUUUUAUUCCCGAGGUAUAUACUCUACUUUUCUCACCUUAUGCGAGACAAGAAAAAACACCAAAUUACAAUUACAAAUUACAAUCACUAGACAUUUUCGCUAUUAUUCUUGAAAUGGAGCUAUAAAAUGAUACCGCCGCAACUUGUCACAACUCGUUUCUGACAGCAUUUCAACAAAUGAAGAUCGUGCGUCAAAUGAAAAUCGAGUCGGUCGCGGCUUCGGUUUUUGAAAAUCGAGUUGGUCAUGCCCGCCGCGGGCAUUACGGCUUAACGAAAUUAGACUUUAUCGUCAUAGCAAUAAGGUGCAAUUAUUUGGCAAUUACAUUAUUGCGCCGUGAGUAAUAAUGAAUUUUCAUACAACAUUAUAUCACGGUUGUUGACAAGGGAUAUAAUGUCAUGCUUUCCGUGAAGUUCUAAUGACAUAUAAUCCGACUUUGUCGAGCAUGAGGUGUGAAAUAGUUAUUUGUUAUACAAGGGGGUAAAGUUGUAUUUUAACGCCGAGUGUGGAAUUGAAAAACGAGCAAGUGAAAGGAUUCUAUAGUUGAACCACGAGCGAAGCGAGUGGUUCGAGAUUAG